AGUGCCAAUGGAUACAUGACACAGUUGUUUGGGGGCGAGAAAGCCUGUGUGCUCUCAGACCGAUCACAACAUUACCCGGCCCCGCACCCAGCCCCGCACUACCGGCGUGUGCAGGGCCGACCCACCGCGGCAACAGACCCCGCUGUCCGCCUCUGCCGCCGCCCGCAGCGAUGGAGGCGGUCCCGCGGAUGCCCAUGAUCUGGCUGGACCUGAAGGAGGCAGGGGAGUUCCAGCUGAGCCCGUCCGUGAAGCAGUUUAUCUUGAAGAAUUAUGGGGAGAACCCUGACAACUACAAUGAACAACUGAAGAAGCUGGAGACACUGAGACAGAGCGCAGUGAAUGUCACCCGGGACUUUGAAGGAUGCAGUACUCUGAGGAAGUACUUUGGCCAACUGCACUAUCUCCAGAGCCGUGUGCCCAUGGGCCCGGGGCAGGAGGCAGCAGUGCCCAUCUCAUGGACCGAGAUCUUUUCUGGAAAAACUGUAACACAUGACGACAUCAGCUACGAGCAGGCCUGCAUCCUGUACAAUCUGGGGGCCCUUCACUCUAUGCUGGGAGCCAUGGACAACCGAGUCUCAGAGGAGGGAAUGAAGGUUUCGUGCACUCACUUCCAGUGCUCGGCUGGAGCCUUCUCGUAUCUGCGUGACCACUUCAGCCAUAGCUACAGUGUGGACAUGAGCCACCAGAUCCUCAACCUCAACAUCAACCUCAUGCUCGGUCAGGCCCAAGAGUGUCUCCUGGAGAAGUCCAUGCUGGACAACAGGAAGAGCUUCCUGGUGGCUCGUAUCAGUGCUCAGGUGGUGGAUUAUUACAAAGAGGCGUGCCGAGCUCUGGAGAACUCUGAGACUGCCUCCAUGCUGGGAAAGAUUCAGAAGGACUGGAAGAAACUGGUCCAGAUGAAGAUCUAUUACUUUGCUUCUAUUGCACAUCUCCACAUGGGGAAACAGGCGGAGGAGCAGCAGAAGUAUGGAGAGAGGGUGGCCUACCUGCAGAGCUCCCUGGACAAACUCAAUGAAGCAAUCAAACUGGCCAAGGGUCAGCCUGACAGUGUGCAGGAGGCACUGAGAUUCACCAUGGAUGUCAUUGGUGGAAAGUUUAACUCUGCAAAGAAGGACAAUGACUUUAUCUACCACGAGGCUGUUCCUGCCUUAGAGACUCUCGCUUCCGUUAAAGGCGCUCCUCUGGUGAAGGCUCUCCCAGUGAACCCCACAGACCCCAGUGUGACCGGGCCGGACCUGUUUGCCAAACUGGUGCCUAUGGCAGCACAUGAAGCCUCCUCACUCUACAGUGAGGAGAAGGCCAAGCUGCUGAGAGAUGUGAUGGCCAAGAUUGACAGCAAGAAUGAAACGCUAGAACAGUUCAUGGACUCUCUGGGCCUGGAGCCGGACUCUGUGGAUAAUCUGGACAUGUACAGCCACAUCCCCCCGGUGCUGAUGGAGAAAUGUGCUGCUCUGAGCGUCCGACCAGACACAGUGAAGAGCCUGGUGCAGUCCAUGCAGAUGCUGUCGGGAGUCUUCACUGAUGUGGAGUCCUCACUGAAGGAGAUCCGUGACGUCCUGGAGGCAGAUGAGGCGGGGGAGCGGGCAGUGCAGGAGGCAGUGGGGGCCGGGGCUUUGACCGAGCUCCACCCCCCUGCGCAGGCUCAGGCGCUGGCAGAGAUACGCAGGGACCUGGAGAAGUACAUGGAAGCUCACGAUAAAGCCAGCUUCACCAACACAGAACUGCACCGAGCCAUGAACCUGCACAUCCACAACCUGCGACUGCUGGGAGGACCCCUGGACAGUCUGAGGGAGGCCCUGCCCAGCCCACAGCUCUCUGAAGAGGAGGUGGCUGGACUGCAGACGAUGAAACGAAUCCUGGGGAAAGUGCAGGAGAUGAGGGACCAGAGAAGCUCCUUUGAAAAGCAGCUACGAGACCUGAUCCAACAGGACGACAUCACAUCCACCCUGGUGACCACAGAGAGGGCAGAUAUGAAGCGGGUUUUUGAGGAGCAGCUAAAGAAAUAUGAGCAGUUAAAAGUUUACAUUGAUCAGAACCUGGCCGCUCAGGAGAACAUACUGAAGGCCCUCACUGAAGCAAACGUGCAGUACGCCUCUGUGCGCAAAGGCCUGAGUCAGACCGAGCAGCAGUGGAACAGCACGGUGCAGGGGCUGGUGGGCUCCUACGAGGCCUAUGAAGAUCUGAUGAAGAAGUCUCAGGAGGGAAAGGACUUCUACGACGAUCUGGAGACCAAAGCAUCUCGUCUGCUGGAGAGGGCCAAGGCUCUGUGUCAGACCAGGGCAGAGGAGAGGAAGCCCAUACUGGACAGAGAUCAGAAGAAGCCCCCGGCUCGGCCCACAGCUGCCAAACCGUCCCUGCAGCCCAAGGCCCCUGACGCAGACUCUGCCUGCUCCAGUCUGGAGGACGCGGAGCUGGCACAGCUCAGUGCUGCCAUUUUGGCUCUAGGGGGCGACCUGCCUGAAGAGCUGCGGAGUCUGCCCCCUGACAUGAGCGCUUUGGCCCCCGGAGCCCCCCGUGUGCCCGGCCCUGAGGCCUUCCUGCCCCCUGGCACCAGCACCUCUCUGCCCUGGCCUGGAGCAUCCCCUGCUGCUCUGCCCCGUUUCCCCGCCAACCUGCCCCCCCCAGAGCUCCUCGCCCGCAUCGCACAGUUCCCCACAUCUGGCUCUCUCCCUGGCACCCAGGGCCCCCUCCCACACAGACCUGUGCCUCAGAUGGCCCCACACAUGCGCCCACAAAUACCCCCUCCUCAGAUGUCCCGUCCACAAAUGCCGCCUCCACAGAUGCCCCCUGCUCAUAUGCCCCCUCCACAAAUGCCUCCACAGGCUGCAGUUCCCAGAUAUCCUGGACCCCCUCCCCAAGGACCCCCCUCUUCCACAGUGGUGCCCACGCCAGUGCGGCCCUCCACCACCACAGUGAACACUAUCCAAGCUCCCAUCCCCAGCUACGCCCCCACGCCACGUCCCGCUGUGCCCCCUCCAGCUUCCACAGGUUACACUAUGCCCCCUCACAUGGGGGGGUACCCACAGUACAUGUCCCAGCCAGGGAUGCCCAUGCCAGCCCCUGGACAGGCACCUGCACUGCCACCUGCACUCCCACAGCAACAACAGCAACAACCAAAGCAGUUCCCCCCGGCUCAGGUGUACCCGGGGCCCCACGCCCCUGCCCCCCAGCCUUACCCUCAUGGGUACAUGCCCCCACAGCCCGGUAUGCCCCCACACUAUCAGCAGACAUUUACCCCUCAACAGAACGGGUAUCCACCUCAAGGCUACCCUACCCCACAGGGGUAUAUGCCCCAACAGGCUGCUCAUAUGAUGCCAAGACCCGGACAGGUGCCCCCUCCACAAAUGCCCCCCACAUCACAGCCAGCCCCGCCCACAUCUCAGCACUACAUGCACCACGCUAAUCAGCACAUGGCUCCAGGACCCCCGGCUCCACACCUGCUCCCCCAGCAGCAGCACAUGGGUCCGCAUGUGCCCCCACACGCCCAGAUGCCACUUGCCCCAAAUGUGCCCCCCACAAGUCAGGCAAUGCCCCCCGUCUCUCAGAACUAUAUGCCCCCAGUGAGCCAACCGCUCCACCCCUCCCUACGCCCACAGCUCCCCCCUCAGCUGCCCCCACAGCUCCCUCCUGUGUCCCAAGCCCACAUGGUCCCAGGUCCUCAGGUGCAUGUGCCCAGGGGUCCCCCUCCCCACAUGCCCCCAGUGCACCAACCCCCACCUGGGCACAGUGGGGUCUAUCCUGGGGCACCACCAGUCAUGCCCCAGCAACCUUUAGCUCCACAACCAGCCCCUUCACAACAACCGGCUCUCCCAAUGGGCCACCCCGCUGCCCCGACCAUGUACCCCCCCGGCCCGGGCACCAGUGGACCCUCCCCUGCCCCUCAGCCUGCCCCCUCCUCUGGCCCCGACCACAUCCCGCCCGUCCCACACAUGAUCCAGCCCACACCGGGAGCUCCCCCAGUGCCACCCAAUGCCCUGGGCCCGUCUCCUUCCCCAUCACCCUCCCCGGCUCCCCCCUCGCCCGCCCCUCUGGCCCUCACCCCCCAGCCCAGACCCCCCAGCACCCCGGGAGCACCCCCUAACCCCACCCUCCCCUCUCCCUCCGCGGUCUCGCCCUCCACUUCGCUCUUUCAGCGGCAGAACUCCAGUACAGAUGACCUGCUCUCAUCAAGUCCUGAAAGUCAACACGGAGGAACCAAGACUCCCACCAACGUGCUCCAGCCCACCAAAGCCGACCCUCAGGACGGAGAGAGGCGCAAGAAGAACUCCCAGGGGGUCCUCGUCAUCCAGGGGGACCCCUACCAGGCUCCAGAGAGAGUGUCCCGCCUUUACAGUGAACUGGAACGCUUCAGGUCCCAGGUGGACUCUCUGGAGUUGCCCUCGGACACUGAGGGGGGCAUGUCUGUGCUGGACGCUCGCUGGAAGGAACUCCAGGAGCAGCAGGAGAAGGACGCGCGGCAGCUGUCCAUCGCCAUCGCCCGCUGCUACACCAUGAAGAACCGCCACCAGGACGUCAUGCCCUACGACGCCAACAGGGUGUUGCUGCAGUCGGGCAAAGACGACUACAUUAACGCCAGCCUGGUGGAGGAGCUGUCCCCCUAUUGCCCACGCAUCAUCGCCACCCAGGCCCCCCUCACGGGCACCGCCGCAGACUUCUGGCUCAUGGUGUAUGAGCAGAAAGUGUCACUCAUAGUGAUGCUGGUGUCUGAGCAGGAGCUGGAGAAGGGAAAAGUUCUGCGUUACUUCCCCACAGAGAGGGGGCAGCAGCUGUCCCAGGGCCCCAUCACCCUGAGCCUGAGCACGGUGAAGACCACACCCACCCACACCGAGCGAAUGAUCGGCCUUCAGUACCACGAGCACAGCCUCAAGAGGACGGUGGUGCACCUGCAGUUCACCUCCUGGCCACAACUGGGUCUUCCUGACAGUAAGAGUAACCUGCUCCGCUUCAUCCACGAGGUCCAUGGUCACUACCUGCACCAGAGGCCCUUACACAAUCCUGUGGUGGUGCACUGCAGCUCUGGCGUGGGUCGGACCGGCGCCUUCUGUCUCCUGUACGCCGCCGUGCAGGAGCUGGAGGCCGGAAACGGGAUCCCAGACCUGCCUCUGCUCGUGAAGAAGAUGAGACAACAGAGGAAGAACAUGCUGCAGGAGAAGUUGCAUUUGAAGUUCUGCUACGAAGCGGUUCUGAAACACGCCGAGCAGGUCCUCCAGCGCCACGGCAUCACAACCGCCACCUGCAGCAAGACCAACAGCGCUGCAGCCGCCAAGCCGUACUCCAGACAGGAGUCGCAGCAGGACAUCGUGAUGGGCGGAGACUUGCCCAUCAGCUCCAUCCAGGCCACCAUCGCCAAACUGAGCGUCCGUCCCCCGAGCGCCACAGACUCCUCCAUGGACCCGGACGAGCACCCCCCGUCCCCCAACCCGAACUGCACGCCCCCCGACCUCACCCCUCCCCUGUCCACACCCUCCACCUCCCCGUCAAAGCCCCCUCUUCGCCCUCACCUCCCGAGAACAACAACAACGGCGGCGGCAACGACAACAACAACGGGCUGGAGUCGCCGCAGCCGGAGCCGGAGCACGGCGGCAGCCCCACACGCCACGAAGACGUCCCCGCGCCGGCCCCGUCCUCCCUGGAGCUCCUGGCGUCGCUGGCUCCGGAGGCGUUCUCGAUGGAGGGAGGGGGGAAGGGGAAGCAGAGGGUCACCAAACAGAGCUUCCUGCAGCCGGCCGAGGGGCAGGGGCUGCACGGGACCAGGGCGAAAGAGGAAGGAGACCCACUGAGCAGCCUGGACCCCCUCUGGAGUCUGAACAAGCACUAAAGCAGAGGAGGAGGGAGGGGUGGGCCAACGACGCAUACACACGCAGUAAAACACUACACACACGGAUAUCAACAUGAGGAACAAACGUACUUACACUCGGAAUCAAAAUAUUCAUCUUGAUUUAAAGUUUUCAGAACUUUCAGGUUUUUAUUUUAGACCAAUGGAAGAUUGGCGUAUUAUGCGACUUUCGACCAAGUUGUAACAUAUAAAGCGGUUUUGGAGGUAAUUCACACAUGUUUGAUUCAUUUAGCGAUCUCCCUCAGGCUCUAUUUGAACUGUCUUUAUUUUUAGCUGUGAGAGUCAGUACAAGGCUCCACCCACAAGCCUACGGGACGCAUGCUCCUUUCUUUCUUCUUUAUAAAUGCACCAAAACACGAUACAAAACUUGACUAAAAUGAUGCAGUAGUUUCAUUAGCGCUCUGAAGGGGGUGUGACUUAGCAUAGAGAGCAAAGGGAGCAGAGAUUCAGAACAUCAAAAACUAAACUAAAUUUUAAAAAUUCAUGUUUUGUUUGGUGAAAAUAGCAUUUUCAAGAAGAUAAAAGGUAACGUGGUGAUCUAAAAAUGUAUUCACAGACAUAUAAUUCUCCCUCUUAAAAUUUUCCCUGUAUAUCUGAUUUUGAAUUUUUCCUGACCAAUACGAAUUGCGAACGGAUUUCCAAUUAAUUUAUUUAUUAAAAUCAAGAUUCCAGCCACGGAUCGCUCGUAUUUCAGAACGCGCCAAUCCGCUGAACCGAAAUAUGAAACCUUUCCAAAUCAAGAUAAAUAUUCUGAAGUUUAAUCUGAAUUCUAGUUCUUUUAGCACAUUUUGCUUUGCCAAGACAGCUCUUUAAUCCGUUACGAAUAAGAAUUGCGGGUAUCUAUCAGCCACUUUCAUUGAACGGUCACUUAAAAAAAAAGAAGUGGCCGGAAUGGUUACACGCUGUUGUAGAUGGAUGCAGUUUGGGUGCCUUAUGUUUUAUCCAAAUAUCCAAAUUUGAGCACAUACUUCACUCCUUUCCAUAACCGGUUUCUGUCACUUUGCGAAUUAUUUCAGAGUCGUGCGAUUAUUCUUAUUAGAAAGACAUGGAUUGUACAAAUAAAAGCAAGAGAGCGGGGAUUUUCUUUCACUUUAGUUCAACUUUUAAAUUAUACUUUAGUUCUUUUUUUACGCGCUUAAUCAAACUGUCAUGUUAAUAUUGAGUCCUUUUUACUUAACGUUAACAUUCUGGCUUUAAACCGUGCUUUUUUAAACGCUGGUGGUCUGUGUACGUCUCCUAACUGUUAGCCUUGUGAUUAACUGAUAAAUAAAUAAUAUUUUGAUAUAAA